UGGAGGUUCGUUGAUCUCUUUUGCAGUGUCAGCCCUGACAUCACGCCUACAAUGCUGUUACAUGCUGGCAUGAUGAAGGUUUUGGCUGUGGCAUGGAGCUCCUUUAAUUUUGCUACAAGCUGAGCCACCAGGAAAUUGAGGAUGGGAAGUGUUAGCAGGUGGAAAAGGAUUUGAGAAGAUCUUUUGUUUGAGAAAGGGAUAAUGAGCUCAAAUCCCGUUGCCAGACGAGGAGAAGGGGGACAGACCCCGAAUAUUCAACAGUCUGCAGUGAGACAGCUCUAUGGUCAGUUUGGGCAAGGAAACCAGCCUGAGUCUGUGCUAAGCACUGAUUCCACAGUUCACAGCGUUCAGGCCACACCUCAACCUGUGGUACCACAGCAACUGGCCCGGAAUGUGGGUGUUUGCAGUGACUGGGACAGCAUUGAAGGACUGUACCAUCGGGAAUUGGAAGAGGUCCGGGCCAGAGCUGCUCAGAUGGAGAAGACCAUGCGCUGGUGGUCGGACUGCACGGCCAACUGGCGAGAGAAAUGGAGCAAGGUGAGGGCAGAACGAAACAAGGCCCGCGAGGAAGUGCGACAGAUGAGGCAGAAGCUGGAAUCAGUGGUGAAGGAGCUGGCCGCUAUCAAAAGGGAAAAGCAGGAGCUGUUAAACGAAAACGAAGGACUGAGGAGAGAAGCUAAAGCAUCAAAAGCUCAGUCAGACGCCUUGCCGGUCAGGCUGGAGGAAGAUGAAGUCAAUCCUCUGGAACAGGAACCCGUCAAAGAUGUGGAGAGUAAUAACAAUGCAACUUCUCCGAAUAAAUUCACUGGCUCACCAAACAAGGGUAUUGAUAUAAUUGAAAAUAUACUGAGAGAUAAGCGUCAUGGAGGAGGACAAGGUCUGGAGUCUUCUGCCACCUUGAGUUUGUGUCACUCUACCGUCUGUACUGAAAGAGCUAAGCUCCUGCUGGAAGAUAGCCUACAGCCCUUUGAGAGUGACUCCAUGAAAACCAUAGCCCUGCAGUUCCGUUUGGAUGAAUCACAGAAAAUACUUCAAAGGGAAAGAGAGGACAAAGCCGCACUUGGAAGGCAGAUUGAAAAACUGGAAGCAGAUAUAUGUCAGUGGAAGGACAAAUACGAAGACCUGAGCAAAUCCAAGCAGGAAAUCCUCAAGCAGUUGACCCUCCUUCGUGAUGCCCAUCAGAAUGAGCUUGGAAGGAUCUCAGAAGAUCUGGAAGAUGAAGUUGGAGCUAGGUCUAACAUGGAUAGGAAAUUAGCUGAUCUACGUACUGAGCUAGAGAGACUUCAGGCCGAGAACACUGCUGAGUGGGGGAAACGAGAACGAUUAGAAACAGAGAAACUGAGCCUGGAGAGGGACAACAAAAAGUUAAAAGUCCAGAUUGAAGAUCUGGAGAAACUGCUGGCAAAGAGAAGUCAGCAUAACACAAACAUCAUUGAUUCAGAUUUCAAAGCAAUGCAGUGUGAACUGUUUGAGAAAAAUAAGGAGCUUUCUGACCUUCGACAUGCCCACAAUAAACUGAAGAAGCAAUACCAAGACAAGAUGGCAGAAUUGACCCAUUCCAAUCGAAGAGUCGAACAGCAUGAAACAGAAGUGAAAAAGUUAAGACUGCGGGUGGAAGAGCUGAAGAAGGAACUGGCACAAGCAGAAGAUGAGCUGGACGAGUCGCUGAACCAGAUCAGGAAGCUGCAGCGUUCCUUAGAUGAACAGACAGAACUGAAUGACAACCUUCAAGUGCAGUUCGAUCACUUGCAGACCAGGUUAAGAAGACAGCAGACAAGUUCACUGUUUGGAAUGAAGCUCAGCUCAGCGUAUAACCCUGAUGACUCUGCAGAAACAAUCAGUGAAGAAGAUGACCUGGAACUCGAAGUGAAAUAAGAUGACAAAUCCAAUGUAACUGCCGUGAAAACAGGGAAACUGGUAAAAGAUCGAAAAUAAAUUACUUCUCUUCAGGGUCACACACCAAACAAACAACUUCUGUCAAGGAAAAGAAUGAAAUAAAAUGACAACACAUUUAGGAUGAUUUCAAUCAAAGCUUUUAAACCCAUCAGAGAUUUGUUACCUUUCAACAGAAAGAGAUAAUAAUUAUUUGAAACAUUGAGUUCUGCAAUCCAUCACUAGUGUGUGUAAUAUGGUAAUAUAUUUUGAACCAUAAAAUCAUAUAUUCUUUUUACUCGUAAA